AUUGGGGGGGGGGGGCUCCUCUGGGAGAAAGGAAGGUCAGAGAGAUGAGCUCCACUUAAGACCUCCGAGGGAGCUGCCAAUAGAGAGCCCCUGGUUUUCAGGGAGGGGAAUUGGGCAGAAGUCUCUGAGGCAGGUCCCAACCCAGAUGUGCAAGGGGUCCAGGAGCUCCCAAGUUGUAGAGGCCCAGCAGCAUCUGGAGGGGCUUUAGAGCGCUGUAAAUCGGGAGCCUGUUUGGUGCAGGGGUUGAAGUACCAACCAGGAGACGGUGAGUUCGAGUCCUGCCUGGCACACAAAGCCAGAUGGGAGGCUUUGGGAGAGUCGCCCACUCCCAGCCACUUCCUAGGAAGGAGGCAAUGGCAAGCCGCUUUCCUUCUGUUCCCCCUCCCCAUAUUCCCUCCGGUCCAAGUCUGGGCUGCUUUCUUGUCUUCCCUCUCCCCACCCUUCUGGAGGAACUUUUCCCUCAGGAGGGACGGCUGUGGAAAUUCUCAAUUGUCGCUCAGGGCCUUUUCAGCCUCGCGGGGGGAGGGGCGGGCGCAGCUCCACCCAUCGGAGGAGGGACUAAACGGAAGGAGGAGGAGGAGGAGGCUCUGGGGGCGUGGUCAGCGCAGCAGCAUCUUCCAGCAGCAGCCUCGCCGCCGCUCCUUCUUCCAGCCAUGCCGGCCUUCGUGGUCUCCACCAACGUUUCGCGGGACGCGCUGCCAGAGGGGCUGCUGCCCGAGCUCACCGAGGAGCUGGCCAAGGCCACGGGCAAGCCGGCGCAGUACGUCUCCGUGCAGGUGAACCCGGACCAGGUGAUGUCCUUCGGGGGCUCCAGCGCCCCCUGCGCCAUCUGCAGUCUCCACAGCAUCGGCAAAAUCAGCGCGCCGCAGAACAAGGCCUACAGCGCCAUACUGAGCGCGCUCCUGGCAAAGCGCCUGCAUGUGCCCGCCGACAGGUACGUUAGUGAUGAAGAGGAUAAUCCCGAAGGUAAGUCCCACUUGCUCUUACAUCGACUGCAGGAGCAAGCAAAGACUCGGCAGCUGCAAAAACAGGAGCAGAACUGGCCUACUUCUGGGCAACAAAAGAGAUUGGCGCCUGGAACCUUUGAAGAAGAGACCAACGAGGAAUUAAAGCAAACAAGCAAAAAGAAGAAAGUAGGUCAAGAAAGUCUUUUAGCCCAAAGUCACAGAGCAAAGGACCCAAGACGAUAUGCUUGUGGAGCAGAAAGUUUGCCCAAGAAAGGAGAUGACUCAAGUAAAAGUAAGAAGAAUGGUGGGAAUUCCAGAAGACCUGAAAGAAAGAUAGAAGCAGUUCAAGGUAAAACAAAUUCUGAUUUUGGCUGGCUCCUGGGGCAGGUUUCAUUUGGAUACUAUGAAGGACUGUUAAUCUUUAGAGCUGUUUUUCAGACCAUUGAGCAAAGCAUUUAUUGCAUAGUUGCAGCUUCCCUAAGCAAAAUGCAACAAACUUUUUUUUUUAAAGUCAAACAUUUUUUAUUUUCCAUUUUCAUAACGUAUAAUCACAUGUAUACUAUUACAUAGCCAAUAUCAUAUUGUACUAAUUAUUAAUUAUAUCAGUUCGUAUUGCCAUCAACUCCCGGAGAGAAAAAAAAAAUAUUGGCUCUUCUGCUCUCCAUACACCCUGUUUAUACCUUAUCCACCCCUU